AUGGCUCUGCGUCUCUUCGCCCCGGCGCCCCUGCGCAUCUCGCCUACUUUUAUCCCCUUCGCUUUCGCCCUCCCAAUCUCCAUCACUAUCCCCCCGCUCCUCGCCGAUCUUUGGGAAUCCGUCCUCCGCGCCGUCCCCAAGAAGAAGACCUCCCACAUGAAGAAGCGUCACCGUCAAAUGGCCGGCAAGGCCCUGAAGGAUGUCCAGUCUCUGAACAAGUGCCCAGGCUGCGGUCAGGUCAAACGCGCCCACUUGUUGUGUCCUCACUGUGUGAGAGGUACGGUCCAUUCCGGAAGAACCGGAGAGCCUUUGAGCCAUCACAUCACCUAUAUGAUGGCUCACAUGAUAUCAGGGAUUCGUGGAAGACGGCGCAGACCACCGCAUAAAGGCGAAUCGAUCGAUCUCGACAAUGAUCAUGACGGAAGCGAGCUAGGCUGGUCUUUUCACGACAAAGCCUCACCUCACCUCACCUCACCUUCACGACAAUAUCUGGCGUGGGGCACUGCCGAUAAUGCACACCCCGUGGACAUCUUCUCCGUAGCUGUAACAGACAAGUCAGUCCUGUCAGCAUCAGGAGCUCCAUCAAUCAAAGUCCACUCGACCCUCGACACGGAAUUCCCACUGGUGCAGUCUCUCGAUGGCGCGCACACACUGGGCUGCCACCACAUCGUUACCGGCGCCAAGGGCACGCGCGCCAUUAGCGCUGGAUUUGCCGGCGAGGUCAAGGCCUGGUCUUGCCAGGAUGGGCACUGGUCGGCUGACCAGGUAGUCUCAGCGAAUCUCACAAACGUGGAUGCUUGGGCAAUUGCCUUAUCCGAAGAUGGCCAGUAUCUGGCUGGUGUUUCUCAAGACGGCCAUGUUCGGGUGUGGGAUCUCAAUGAUAAUGGCACUCAAAUACGAGACCAUGAGACUAAGGGUAGCUUUGGUACAUGUAUUGACCUGUCCCCCGAUGGAAAAUUCAUAGCCAGCGGUCAUGAAAACGGAGCUGUUUAUAUCUUCAAGACUGAAGAUGGCCGGAUGCCAUUUUCUUUGUCUGGUCUGGUCAAACCUGUCCGAAGCGUCGCCUUCUCACCAGGAGGAAAGAUCCUCGCAGCGGCUGGAGACUCCAAAGUGAUCGUACUCUACGACACAUCUUCCGGUCUGCAGAUUGCCAAUCUUUCGGGCCAUAGCGCCUGGAUCUUGUCUCUCUCUUGGAGCGAUUCGGGCGAGUACCUACUGAGCAGUUCAUUCGACGGUAAGGUCAAGGUCUGGUCAAUCGACACCAAGGCUUGCGUCGCCACCCACUCUGAGACCGAAAAGGCUGUCUGGAGCGCGAAGUGGCUCCCCAAAGCGAAUAGGUCCGAGGGAUUCGCGACUGGGGGCGCGAAUCGGAGCAUUGCUUUCUACCGGGAAGCUACUGGUGGUUGA